AUGGCACAGGAAAUGAGCUGGCCGUGCUUAGUAAGAAUGGCUAAACUAGAGCCUGUGGCGCGAUAUUGCCAAGUCAUUCGAGUGAUCCGAUUUUGUGUGGGAUUCUGCGGAAAUGAUGUGGCCGAUCCCAAUUUUAAGAUGUGGUGGCUAACAUACACUGUAAUCGGUGCGAUUUUCUUCUUUUUCGCCUGUACUGGGUACACCAUUUAUGUGGGCGUUGUUGUCAACGGAGACCUCACUGUAAUCCUACAGGCGUUUGCAAUGGUUGGCUCAGCGGUCCAGGGAUUAACGAAGCUUUUAGUCACCGCUAAUAUGGCCCCUCAAAUGCGACAAAUGACGGACACCUACGAAGAAAUCUACCGAGAAUACGGUGCAAAGGGUGGUGAAUAUGCAAAAUGCCUGGAACAAAGAAUCCGAACAACCUGGAAACUGUUCAUUGGUUUUAUGAUACUGUACAUAAUUCUUUUGGGUCUUAUAAUAUGUUUUCCCAUCUUCUAUUUGCUGGUUUGGAAUAAGAAGGUUUUAGUGAUGCAGUUUCUAAUGCCUCUAAUCGAUCACACAACCGAUGGAGGACACUUGCUUCUUACAGCUGUGCAUGUGGCUUUGAUUAUCUUCGGUGGUUUUGGCAACUAUGGUGGGGAUAUGUACCUGUUUCUUUUUGUUACCCACGUGCCAUUGAUCAAGGAUAUAUUCUGUGUGAAGCUUACGGAAUUCAACGAGGUGGUUGUGAAAGCGGAUGAGUACCCAAAAAUAAGGGCAAUGCUUUGCGAUUUGUUGACCUGGCACCAACUUUACUCUAGUCUUCUUCAGUUAACCAAAGAGAUAUAUAGCAUCGUGCUGUUUGUGCAGCUUUCUACCACCUGCGUUAGUCUACUAUGCACCAUAUCCUGUAUUUUUAUGAAAGCCUGGCCAGCAGCUCCUCUUUAUCUGACGUACGCUGCAAUAAUUCUCUAUACCUUCUGCGGUCUUGGAACUUUGGUGGAAAAUUCUAACGAAGAAUUUCUAGAGGUUAUCUACUCAAACUGUUUGUGGUAUGAGCUCCCUGUGAGGGAGGAGAAGCUAAUUAUCCUGAUGAUAGCCAAGGCUCAAAAGGAGGUCUGUUUGACUGCUGCCGAUAUGGCGCCAUUGUCAAUGAACACGGCUCUCCAGUUGACCAAAGGAAUAUAUAGUUUCAGCAUGAUGCUGAUGAAUUACUUGGGAAAGGAUAACUAA